AAAAUAAUGUGUGUACAACCACAAUGCACGUAUAUUCAUAAACUACAAUCUAUUUUCUACAACUUUUAUAAGUUUCAUGUCAAUCAAUAAAGAAUUAAACAUUCAAACUGUCAAUUUAUUAUCCCCACUACCAAACACGUUUUCUACUACAUAUCCAUUUAUUUCAGGCUGGUCAACGCAUGACCUCUUUGUGAAGAGAGUACGCCAUAAGUGAUCACGUCUUCAGAUCAGUGCCAAUUUCGUAGACGUUUUGGGUCAAAUAUGUUUUAAUUCAUCACAUAAAUGGCUUCUUAAGUAUAUUAGUGUACCGGAGAUUUUAAUAGGGAGCAGCAAGGACCACUUUCAACCACUCAGAAGCACUCUUUGUUUUUCCCUCCAAAAUUCAACAUGCCUCUUUUACGACGGCAACCAUUUCGUCCGGAAAAACCCUCGCCUCAACUACGUGACGAUGAUGAGGUCUUCUACUGCAAGAUCACCAAUGAAAUAUUCGCAGACUAUGAAAUGUUCUUUGAGCGAAUCAUUUUGUGCAACAGUUUGGUGUGGUCAUGUUCUAUUACAAACAAAUCCGGGAUGACAUACCAGGAGGCACUGGAGUGCGAAGAGAAAGCCAAGAAGAACCUGGCCACGUUCCCCAAGUAUCUGCAGCUGCCGAUUCUCUUCCUUGUCUCGCUGACCCACAGGCGCAGUCUCGGUGACCUCAAUGAUGACAUCUUUGUUUAUGCCAAGGAUCGCUUCUUCAUCGGUGAAGUUGUUGACGUCGCGAUUGGGAAUGACAGAAAAUCCUGUACCAUCACGAAGGUUGUUCCACCAGCACCACCCAAGGAGAAUGGUGAUGUAAUUGUUAUUGACUGUGACAGUGAUUCUUCUGAAAAGGCUGGUACAUCUGGUAAAUCUGCCAACUUUGGAACUGAUCCGUCCAGGUUUCAGUAUGUUGUACAGCUGAUGGGAAAGACUGGUACUAUCAUAGUCAAAGCAUCCAAAAUUAGCCGAAAACGUGGCUUGUACACAAGAGACAAGAGUAAACUGUUUCUGAAGUACAACUGUGAACCUCAAGAUGGCAUUUGGCAAGUAAAGCCUGAAAUUGUUCGGAAGCUAAACCUGUCGGUGGCAAGGUUCACAGAUUUCUUUGCUGGGAAUGUUCCUUCUUUUGUUAUGUCAAAAGCCCGCAAGAAAGGUCCUGCUAAGACCAUUCAUACAAGUGAGGUGGAAUCCACUGUUGAUGAGAGAAAGAAGGCAAAGAAAAGAGAAGAAAAGAUGAAAAAGAAAGAAGUGCCAGUGGAAGACCCUGCUAUGGAGCCCAGAUUGACCCCCGAGGAGAGAGCGAUUCUCCAGGAGCAGAUAAAACAGGAGAAGCUUGCAGAAAAGAUGGCAAAGAAAGAAGAACUUAAAAAAAAGAUGGAGGAAGAGAAACUAAGGAGGAAAGAAGAGAAGGCCAAGGAACGUGAAAAGCUCCGAGAGGAAAAACGCUUACAGCUGGAAGUUCUGAGAGAAUGGAACCGUCAGAGGGACGACUUGGAAUGCGAUGACUUAAAACUUCUGCCCGAGUUUUGUCCAGUAACGACGCGAGUCCCGGGAGAACUGUUUGGUGGGGCCGUCAUGGUGCUAGAGUUUGUACACAUCUUCAAGUCAAUCUUCGACUUUAAACAGUUCUUCCCAAAAGGAUUUACAUGGGGAAUGCUGGAGUCUGCGUUGCUCGACCACGACGUUGACGGCCCGCUGUGCGACCUACUUCAGAUGCUGCUUCUCGCCAUCUUCAACCUGCAGGAAGAGGAGGCCGAGGAAGUCGAGGAACUCGAACUCAGCAAGAAUGAACCCAGUAUUGAACAUCUGGAUGAAACUUUGGAGCAGGACUGGUCGACCAAUCAGAUGAUUCACUCCGCCACUGUAAUGUCACAGAACCCGCAAGUCUUUCAUGGAAUGCCGUUAAAAGAAAUGCUACUUGAUCAAUUUACAUUAACUGAAAUACUCCGCAUCCACAUUCUCUCAUCGGGGGCACGAGCUGGCGUGAAGAAUGCCCGAUUUCGUUACCAGCAGAGGGGUGGCUACACCUCUUUAGAUGAUGCAGGACUGGCCCUGCGCUACGAGGACCCUGCUGUUUUGAAAGCCCUGUCAUCAGAUAACAUAUUUGACCUGUCACCAGCUGACAAGUUAAAAGUUAUCAACACACUAAUUCAGCAAAUCAUGUCUUACGCUGCUACAAGAGAUAUCAUAGAAGAGAGUUACGAGAAACUUCGACUGCUCAAAUACGAACUUAAGCAGUUACAGUGGGCGGAACAAAGACGUGAACGUGAAGAAACGCAAGCAAGGUACAGGAAGCGAAUGGAAGAGCGGCAGAGAGAACAGGAGCGAAGACUUCUCAAGAUGCAGGAGAGAGAACAGCAUAUGAGAGAGGAAGAAAACAGAUCCCAGCAGGCAAAUGGAGACAUUACAGUGAUUGAUGGAACCAAACUAAAACCAUUGUUAGUGGAUGGAGACCGUAACACGCCCAGUCCAAGUGUUGUCAUUGACGACGAGGUGACUGCCGAGGAGAAGGAGGCCGUGAGGAUGAGAGAGCAGGAGGAGGAGGCCCGGAAGAAAGCCCUGUUUGAGAAGAAAGAACACGAGAUGAUCCUGAAGAUUCUCGAAUAUCAGAGAACUAAUGCAAUCUACCCAAUAGGCAGGGACCGGAUGUACCGGCGGUAUUGGUUGUUUCACUCGCUGCCGGGACUGUUUGUCGAAGAUAAUGAACUGUUUGUGCCCGACGACAUCAUCAAUCCGGUUCUGCAGGAUCCCGAUUCCAAACCGUCGUGUAAAAACGAAGCUAGCAUUCCAGUUUUGACGGCAGCUGAGGAAAAUAACACGAGCACCAGUAGCGACAAGGAGAACCAGGUUCUUGAGACUCCGACUAAGGAUGCCAAUGGUGUGCCGGAAGAUUUAACUAAUGGCAUGACUGUACCAUCCAACCCAAGGCUGGAUGUCUUGAAGAAAUCCGAUGAGGAUUUAAUAGUGAUUAGUGAUUCAGAAAGUGACAGUCAGGUUAUAAAAGAUGCUGCUGCUGUUUCCAAGAUGGAGGUGGUGGACGGAGCCCCACCCAAACUGGAGGCGGUGGACGGAGCUCCGCCCAAACUGGAGGCAGAAGCUCCACUUCCUGUGCGGGACACUGAAAUCACGAGACAGAUUCGGCAGCGGCCGUGUGUCAAGUGGUUGUUUGUCAGUGACCUGGAGCUCGUUGACAGGCUGGUGAACAGCUUGAACAGCCGGGGUUUCCGCGAGAGUGGUUUGAAACAGUCGCUCGUGGAACUGAAAGUGGUCCUGUAUAAACUGUUGAAACACUGUCCGGUGAAUGAACUGACGCAGCCACCGGAUGCGAUUGAAGAGGCUCGUGUGAAAGCGCUGUCAAUGACGCGGGGAAUUCUCGGGAAGAAGGCGGCCAUGGGGACCGUGAAAAAUGAUUCAGCAGAGGAGACUCUCGAACUCAACCUCAGAGACAUGCUGUUAGAUUUGGAAGAUAGAAUAUACGCUGGGGCGCUAGGACUUGUAAAGACCGAUGACCGCCUGUUGUGGCGCGACACCAUUGAGCAAGGUGGAUACAGCCCACUUACGUCAGACCCACUGUAUGCCAGACCAAAUACACAGGACAAAAAUGGAGUGGAAAAUGAUGUCGCUUCCACCACCUCUACAUCAGACGUGGUUGUCAAGGAUUUGGCACGAGCCUUACUGCAGAUUGCAAUGGGAAUGGAUGAUCGAUUUCUGUUGCUGCCACUUGGUGAAGAUGCGGCGACGAAGAAAGCCAAGCAAAAGGCUGUUCUUGAAGCUAUGAAGGAGAAAAAUAAGAAGAUGAAGGCAAAGAGAGAGAAAGAUAAGGAAGAAGAGAGUGAAGAAGAGAAACCUGAAGUGAAAUCUUCCAAGAAGAAAAUUCUCGAGAGGUGGUCCGAAUCCCUCCUGUCCUGUACAAGUCUUUCCCAGAUAUUUCUCCACCUGGCCACGUUUGAGAAGAGUGUGGCAUGGGCCAAGUCUGCACUGCACGCACGCUGCUGUAUUUGCCGACGGAAGGGCGAUGCCGAAAAGAUGCUGUUGUGUGAUGGGUGUGACAAAGGACAUCACAUGUACUGUCUCAAGCCAAAACUUGACAAAAUUCCAGCGGGAGAUUGGUUUUGUAUAAACUGUCGACCCAAGGAGGUGAAGCGAAGUCCUCGGAAAGAUCGUCGUCGCACGUUCAGCCAAGAGGAGUCAGCCGAGGAAAACGGUUCCAGUGAUGAAGAUAAGGAAGAAGAAGAGAUUCGAUCUGUGAACAGUGAAGAUGAUUCUGAUGACAGCUCAUGUUCGAGCGACGGAGAUUCGUCCGAGGAUGAAGAAGACGCGCACGAUAACACCUGCACUAAGUGCGGUAAAGCGGGAAUGUUGUUGUGCUGUGACACCUGUUCAGGCUCCUACCACCUCCAGUGUGCUGAUCCGGUACUCAAGAAAGUACCCCGGGGGAAGUGGCAGUGUCACAUCUGUCUCGGGCUCCACAAACACGGCAAAAUAAAGAUUGCAAGAGGUCCAUAUAAGAAGAAAACUCCAGCUAAAAGUUCUACUCCAAACUCAAGCCGACCAGGUUCCCGGCGCGAGAGUCCCCGUGACAGCCCCGUUCCCACCCGCCCGUCGUCACGGAAACACCACCAUGAUUCAGACGAAGACCCUCCACGAAUGAAGAAGAACAAAUCUACCUCUAGACUAUCUCAGGAAAAUCAAUGUGACAAGGAUGCAUCACCUAAGUAUGUCAGUAGUUUCCGUGGCAACAGUACGGUACAGCAGAUGAAGAUGCUGGAAGAAAUCGUGCAGGACUUAAUAAAACACAACGAUGCCUGGCCAUUCCUCAAGCCGGUCAACAAGAAAGAUGUGCCUGAUUAUUACAAAGUCAUCAACAAGCCGAUGGAUUUUUCUACGAUAAGAAACAAACUGCACAAGUUCGCUUAUUCCGAACCUGCGAGCAUUGUGAAAGACGUCCGACAGAUCUUCAUCAACUGCGUGGAAUACAACAAUCGCAAGACACCCGAAUACAAGUCCGGGGGAAACCUGUCCAAGUUGUUUGAGAGCAAACUGAAAGACGUCGGACAUUUUGACAUUCCUAGUACAACCCCACCUCCACCCAAAAAAUCCAAGAAAUAGCUCAUUUUGGAUUCUAUUUAUAUUUGACUUUAGAUAUUUUCUAUAGCUAUGUUGAAUGCUGAUACUUUAAUAAUACUAGAUGUGAUAUUCUCUAGCUAUGCUGGACGCUAGAAGCAAUGCUGAAAUGAUUAAAAGAGAUGAAAUUUUC